AUGGAGAAGAUCAUAUCAGGCUGUCCUGCUCUUGAAGAUCUUACAUUGAUUAGGUCUAUGGAUAAUUGGUAUCUAGAGGUUCCGCAGCUUCUGUCCGUGAGGUCUAGGUCCCUUAAAAGUUUUAUUAUCAUUUUCGACGUUGCGUAUGGUAGGGCUGGUACAGAUUACUCGGUUGAGAUUGAUGCUCCAAGACUCGAGUAUUUGAGUUUGAGUGAUAACCAAUCUGAUGUGAUUGUAGUGAAGAACUUGACUUCUUUAUUUAUGAUCCAUAUUGAUACCGAGUUCAACGUUAAGUUUGGCGGCAUUCAAUUGUCACCAGCCAAGAGAGAUGCUAUCCGUGAUUUUCUCACCGGUGUUUCAGGUGUCUUCUAUCGAUAUCCCUAUCUAUGGCCAUUUCCCAAUUUCGGUAACUUGUAUCGUUUGGAAGUUGCGUUCUGUAGCUUCACGUUACAAUUUUUGCCAGUUUUUCUUGAAAGCUGUCCUCGUCUGAAAGAACUCAUCCUGGACUUUGCUUUUUCGGUGCCGGACAAGAGAACUAAACUUCGCUAUGUGCCUCAGUGUUUAAUAUCUACUCUGGAGUGUGUUGAGAUUAACAAUGUGAUUAUGUGGGAGGAAACUGGGAUUGAACUCAUGAAUUACUUUCUUGAGAAGUCAGCAGUACUCAAGAAACUUUCUGUGAGUUUCACAGGUUCUUCUAUCACCAACCAAGAGCGACAUACCUACAUGGACCUUGUAGCAUCCACCAGGCGUUCUGGCGAAUGUCAGGUUUUCGCAUAUUGA